AACCGAGCUCACAUUACGUCUCAUAGCAACUCCAAAAUAAACUCAAAGAAAUCUCAUCGGCGUCGCAGGGAGGAUUAAUCAGAUAUAACGCGACAUUUAGCUUGUUAUAAAGCGUUAGUCAAGCAUACGAUAAUAAUAAAAAACGUUUCUGUAAUGUUUGUAAGCGGAACCAGAGAUCGACAGUUCAGCGAUCCGGCCGGAAGCGUUUGACGCAUAAUAAUCACAGUGCAUGAUAUUAUUUCAAAUAAAUCUGCGGGAUUAUGUUCAAAAACACCUUUCAGAGUGGAUUUCUGUCCAUUCUCUACAGCAUCGGCAGCAAACCCCUUCAGAUAUGGGACAAAAAGGUCAGAAACGGGCACAUAAAACGCAUCACAGACAACGACAUUCAGUCUUUAGUGCUUGAAGUGGAGGGGACUAAUGUGAGCACCACGUACAUCACAUGUCCAGCUGACCCAAAGAAGACCCUCGGCAUCAAACUCCCGUUCCUCGUCAUGAUCAUCAAGAAUCUCAAGAAGUAUUUCACAUUCGAAGUUCAGGUUCUGGAUGAUAAGAAUGUCCGGCGGCGGUUCCGGGCGAGUAACUAUCAGAGCACGACACGUGUAAAGCCAUUCAUCUGUACGAUGCCCAUGAGACUGGAUGACGGCUGGAAUCAGAUCCAGUUCAACCUGUCGGAUUUCACGCGGCGAGCGUACGGCACCAAUUACAUAGAGACUCUACGAGUGCAGAUUCAUGCAAACUGUCGCAUUAGGAGAGUUUACUUCUCUGACCGACUGUACUCUGAGGACGAGCUCCCUGCUGAAUUUAAACUCUAUUUACCGGUACAAAACAAAGCAAAGCAGUGACAUGCUGGAUUCCCUCACUUCCCCCCUCAGUUUUAUCUGCACCUCUUUAUCACAGACAGAUUUCUAGUGGCCCAACUGUGUUCUUUAUUGUUUUGUUAAAGUGUUGUUUUGGAUCUGUCUGACUAGUUUCUGUAUCUGUUGUCUGCUAAAUAAAUAUUUUAUAUGCCCACAUUAAAACUCAAGAGUCCAUAUGUUUCAUCAGUUUCUAUAGAUAUUGUCCCAAUGUCAAAAUACUUCAUGCACAGCUAGAUAAAGUUUAAAAGAUUUAUUAAACUGGAAUGUGAGCUGCUCAAGGAAAAAUGCAGCACUGUGUCUUCAGUUCUUUCACAGGAGUUACUUUAAAAUGAUCUCUCCAAAGCUUUGGAAAAAACUUCACCAUUACUUAUUGCAAAAUUUUAUGAUCUCAGGGAUUGCAACAGAAUUUAAAUCUAUUCAUACAACAGUGUAUAAUGUAAAGUUACACGUGUAUCUAGUUAUGCAUAAAACCUUUUAACGUUUAAUUAUGCUAGAGAGAUUCAAACAAACAUUUUGUGAGACAUUUAUGCCAGCUAAAAUACAAAGCAAAAUCAAAAAUCAAUAUACCUUAAAUCUUAAAUGACAUUAAAAUAAUAUUGCAAUCAAAUAGAAUGGCACAAAAAAAAAACUAUAUUUUGGUUUAAACAAUUUCACAGAUGAACAUAUUUCACAUAUAAUAUUACAAUAAUCAAAUCAACAUACAGUGGCAAGAAAAAGUAUGUGAACCCUUUGGUAUUAGCUGGUUUUCUGGAUUAAUUGGUCAUAUAGUAUGAUCUCAUCUUCAUCAAAGUCACAAGUACAGACAAACACAAUCUGCUUAAGAUAACAACAAACAAUUAUAAUCUUUCAUGUCUUAAUUGAACACAUCCCAUUAAACAUUCACAGUGCUGUGGAAAAAGUAAGUGAACCCUUGGAUUUAAUAACUGGUCGACCCUUCUUUGGCAGCAAUAACUUCAACCAAGCGUUUCUAUGAGAUAACUCUGUAACCCUUUCCAGCUUUAUGCAAAGCAACAAUUCUUGAUCGUAGGUCUUCUGAAAACUCUUUGUUUGCAAGGCAUGGCCACUUCAGAAGAUGCUUCUUGUGAAUAGCAAACUCAAAAUGUUUGAGUGCUUUUUAUAAGUCAAAGUAG